GUUGGGAUGAAUGGAUUGGGAUCAAUGGUUCUGAAUAAAUUGACUGGGGUAAAUGGAUUGUGAUGACUAGGUCCGCAUGAAUUGAUCGACAUGAAUUGACUGGGGGGAAUUUUUUGAGAAUACUUGAGAGUCCAUAUUUAAAAAAAAAGAAAAAAAGAAAGAUAUGUUCAUGUUCAAAGAUGAAAAGGUCCACCUAAUGACAGGUCCACAUAAUGACAGGUCCACCUCAUGACUGUGUGUGCGUUCCGCAUGUAGAUCCAAUCAAAGAAGACACACAGGCCGUCCUCAUCGAUUGCUUUUUGUAUCGGUAUGUGCAGCGAACUUUACGACACAAAAUAUUCGGAUAAUAAAUAAAGGCCUAUGUGUGUCUCAGGGUCUUUGACGGACAAAGUUUUCGUUAACGGUUAGGACGGGUAUCACAUUUUUAGAGCUCCCUCCCACAAACAGUAACCGUAUAUUAUAUUAACAAGAAAGGAAAAGGAAAAGUAUCUGAACAUAAUAGUCCGUACAUUGUUUGUAUUGAGUUUCUUUCAUAAUAGAAACACAUUUGUCCAGGGGCAGAAUAGCGGCAUGUACGGGUGAAGAAAAAUACAAUCAUAAACGCGAGGCCUUGCAUGCUGUUGAUUGUGUGACAUUAAAAUUGAAUACCUAAAGAUAUACAGAUAAGAUUGCAAAAUGAAUUUAAAAAAGUUAACAUAAAAAAAAAGGAAGAACAGUUUCAUAUUGAAGUUAAAUUUAAGAAGGAACACUAGAUGUAUUUGUGUAAUUUAUCUGUUAAAAUAAAGUCUUUUGUUGUGUUUACAAAGAUAAAUGCUUACUAAACUUCAUGUUUUUACUCUACUGUUCACGUCAGCUGUCUUGCUUGGGCAAACUUCAGCAGAGAGUAAGUAAACACUUUAUUGCUUUACCAUUUUUUAAAAUUGCCUUUGUAACCAUUGAGUAUUUAAAUGCUAAAUUCUUCAGUAUCGUACGGUAAUGUUAUUUAAAUAUUUUUCAUUCGCCUGCUUUAAACAAAAAUUUGCGUGCGAGUACAUCAACAAUGGCCAUUCACUUAAGAAAGUUGGAUGAAUCUAGUUAAAUAUCUAUAUUCCUGUUUGUUUAUACUGUGGAUCUGCAUUGUCUUGUCGUUCACUCCCGACAUUUUCUGUGUACUCUGUGCAGUGCUCUAGACUACAAUAGUUUAACUUGAAAGAGAAUGACAACAACAUCAUUUGACUUGUGUUAAUUAUCAUUAUCAGUCAACUACGUUUGUUGAUUGGUCCUGGUAAGAUCGUGUGUGUGUGUGUUUGUGUGUGUAAUGGGACCGCAGGGGAAGGGAUAUAACAUAACUAAAUUUAAAAAAAAAAAAAAUGCCCUCCGCUUGGUCGAACUUGGGAGGAAGCAACGAUUGAGGCGUUUUCUUGAGAAACAAACGACAGGCCUAUGACAUGCGGCGGCUCUGGAACAGAAUCUCUGACGGUGGCAGGAAGUGGAAGCAGGCUCGUCCUCCGAUCCGUAGGCAGCUUCUUCCAACAACUUUUUAUAUUAAACUUGCGGCAGUCUGAAUUAAUAAUAUUAUGAAGAAAAUGAUCAUUAACGACAUCCAGCCCUCUAGACCCCACCUCCAAAAUCAUAUGUUCGUUUGUUUUUUGUAUUUUUUUCAUUUUAAAGUCGUCUGGUUAGUUAAAUGUUUGAGAUUUGUUCAAACAAAAGUGAACAAAUAGAUGUUUAGUCAAUGAGAGCAUCUGGGUCAAACUGCUGUUGCUGCAACAUAAUUUUAGGGAGACUAUUGGCAUAAAUCUACCUUUGUAGAGCUGAAUAGGUGGGGCGAUUCGUGUGUCUUGGUUCAAUUAAAACCAUGGUAAAAUACUUUUUUUUCCUACUCCUGCCUUUUGACAUGCAGUUUACGACUGGUCCCAGUGUGGUCUAGAAUGCUACUACACGUACGUCCCCUUGUGUGGGUCUGACGGCAUCACCUACAGAAACAACUGCUUCCUGCUGCAGGCUAACUGCGACAAACCAGCCGGCGGCAAGAUUACGCAGGUGAAGACGGGCGUUUGCUAGGAAACCUGUGAACAUUUCCGAAAAUGGGUGACGCGUGCUUGACGUAAGAACAGUGAAUUGAAUAGUGUCGUAAGACAAUGCCUUCGAAAUAAAUUUCGAUAAUUUACAAUAUGAUGGUGUAGACCAAAUUUAUUCGUUUUGUUUCAUUUAUUAAAACUAUCGUGAAAUGACUGUGUGGGCUUGAGGGCGUCAGCAAGUGUGCUGGAGGGUGUUUAGGGGGGGGGGGGAGAUUUUAGGAUGUGGAGUUGAUCUUAAUGUAAAUAAUUGUCCUUUUAUAGACGAAAAGAAUGCACACCUUUUUAAGAUAAAUAUAGUCUAAAGAUACAUAUCAACAGCAAGACAAAGCAAUCAUAAAUUCUGACAUUUAGCUGAAAAAGACGAAUAAUAUCAUCAUCUUCGUUGGGGGGGGGGGGGGUGGGGUGUGUCAGAAGAUUUAAAAGAAUGAGUUGUCAUCGGCAACAAGACUUUGUGCCACUUUUAAUUUCGAUAGGUUAACGGAAAGUGGGUCAAUUAGUCGUUCGAAAAUUUCACCCUAAACAAACAAAAGCGAAUUUAAUAUAAAGGACUUACUUAAAAACUACACAUAGCUUGGAUUUGUUAGCAUAAAACAAACUUAGGUUGAUCAUUUAACAUGGGAAGGUUAGCUUAAAUUAUAUGCAGUUGCGUAUCUGAUUCUCAUGUUUGUGUUAAAACAUGUUAUUUUUGUCAACGUCGUAUCGCAUGACACCAUUGUUACUCAACGCACGGGGAAUGCCUCUUCCUCUACCGUGUCUAUAUAUUGUGGAGAGUUCGGACCACGACGGCGCCGGGGAUUGUGGAGAGUUCGGAUCACGACGGCGCCGGGGGCGUCUGACCAGGGAUUACCGGCCGUCUGACCAGGUACAGCCGGCGCCAUCUGACCAGGGAUCACGAUCGACGGAUCAAGCGCCGGGGGCGGUACCGGCCAUCUGACCAGGGCAUUUCCCUGGGACGACUGGUUGGUAACCUGGCGCCGACUGAGGAAAAGGGGCGGCGCGAGUACAGACCUGGGAAGGGAACUCUAUGAACCAGGGACUUAUAAAUAGGGACCUCUGGACGGGACGCAAAAAGACGCGGCCGGACAGAGAAGCAGAUAGCAGGGAGAACUCGGACGGUAUGAGAAGAGGGCAGUCAGAGUUGUGAGAUGAGAGAAAGUAUAAGCGAAGUGUCAGCCUAAUAAAGAACAAGAUUAUAAUCAUCAAUUGUUAUCGCCUGAGUUGUUUCCUUAGUGAAUGCCAGAUAUAGAUGACGGUUAGCAGAGAGCAAGCAAGGUUUCCUUACAAUAUUAAGGGCGCAAAAUAAAAGUAUGGAUCAUUCUGGCUCAUGUGGGAGCGAAAAAGUUUUUUCCACAUAGUCUACCUCAAGGCAAAACUAGGAUUUCUUUAUUCCAUCAAGAUUCCUCGGUCCCAAUGAGACCACUUUGUCAAGAACCGUGUUUGAGCUAACAGUCAGAGGUGCGUACAAUCUGACCCUGUACAACACAAUAAUAAUUAUAUGCUGGUCAAAAUCUGGGGCAAAGGAAUGAAAAUAUAAAAGAUAAUCUUCUACAGAGAUAAAAUUGCAAUCUAUUUUGGAUUUCCAUUUUUUUUCCUUUUUUUUUUUUUUCCAUCUUUUAUUUAUUUACUUUUUUUGUAACAUUUGUUACGAAUUUACGACCUAAUAAAUAAAAUACUACAAGGCAAAUAACAAGAAUCCUUUUUAACCACACAUUUUAUCUGGGGCAAAGGAAUGAAAAUAUAAAAGAUAAUCUUCUACAGAGAUAAAAUUGCAAUCUAUUUUGGAUUUCCAUUUUUUUUCCUUUUUUUUUUUUGCCAUCUUUUAUUUAUUUACUUUUUUUGAAACAUGUGUUACGAAUUUACGACCUAAGAAAUAAAAUACUACAAGGCAAAUAACAAGAAUCCUUUUUAACCACACAUUUUGCUCUUCAGCAAUAACGUUAAAUGGAACAUUUGUUUUUCCAAGAGUGACAUUCAGCUGUUUAAAUCAUGUCGAACUAUUAAUUCUAAAAGUUAAGAACACUGGACGAUAGCAUAAAAACAUUGAAAAGUUGCAACAGCUUAAAUUGGUAAACACUUCACCUACGACCGAUGUUUAGAUGCACAAAGUACAAUGCAGUUGCCUGAUCUGCUCGUCAUCUGACGGAGCGUGGACCGCGAACGCUUUAAACGCAGCGUUUUCAGUCGACCGGACAUCCCCCCAGGCCGGGGGGGGGCGAUGUUUCCCGUAAGUGCUUCCGCACAUUCUGGCGGCGGGGAGACCCGGAGACUGGCCGGUGUGGAGGUGUGCCCCGGGGGGGGGGUUAUUAAGAGCUCGCGCUCGACCACCCACCGACGCCAUCUCCAAUGUAACGUUUGUCAUCAAAUAUAAAAAAAAAAUUUAAAAGACCACUUUUUAAUAAGCCUUAAUGAAACGUGCUUGAAACGAAACUACGAUCACGAUGAAACAUCAUCUAGAUGUGACCUUGAUUCGACAAGCGUCUAGAUAGCUUUAACCAAGGAUCGUUAAAUGAUUUAUAUAAAUUCGCACCGCUGCAGGAGAGUGAAACAAAGACUGAGUUGCUUUUUACAAUGUUUGUUAACAAACGCACACAAGUCAUCGUUUCCUUGGUCGUUUUACAUCUAUGUUACAGCGAAACGGCUGGUGAGUGACUUAGCGUGUCCACACUCGCAAUAUCUCUAGGUUAUUUUAUUUCUAGUAAUAGACAGUAAUAAAUCUGAUGCAGUUUAAAAAAAAUAAAAAAAUUAAACAUUAGAUUUCAUGAUUCUGACGGUAUUUUCUAUUACCUUUUGAUGAUAUCGUGCUUCAAAAUAUAUUACAUACCUGAUAAAGUAUAUACGUUUAAUCAUACAUGAGGCGAUUUUUAACCAAUUUUGUGAUUUCGUUGGUCUAAUAGAGUCCAGAAUAUUGUUUUCAAGUCUUAUAGUGUUACAUCCUCCAUGCUAAUAAUCUAGCAACACAUAGAAGAUAGUCAUACAAAAUAGGUUCACAUAUAGCUGCACACUGAGUACCUAACGUAACAAGCUGACACUUAAGAAUAUACUUUUCCCAUUUUAUAACUGUUACUAUGUUAAACAUCUGUUUUAGAAGCUAAAAUGGUUAUGUCAUAUGUUUUAUAUAUAGAAAAAAAAGAGCUUUAAGCUCGACUACAUUGAAACAUAUCGCGGUGUAAAAUAUACGAUGAUGUAAAGACUGGAUUUCAUCUAUGUGAAUACGGUGCUAAUUCAGAUCUACAGGAAAACCAAAAGUUUCAUGCAGUGUUUCUAAAAUGUUCGACAUAUGUGUACCCAUGUCUAUAACUGAGUUACCACGGUAACACUGAGUACCACUCGUAAAAAAUACAUAUAAAUUAAUAGCAAUACAAUUUUUCCCCCCUUUUUAGUACACAAACGCUUACCCCUGCCAAACUCAUUCAAGACCCCCCCCCCCAGGGUUACGCGUACCACCGUUUGGGAAACACUGUUUUAAUGUAAAUAUUCAGUAAAAUCUCAAAUUUAAUUAUAAUCUAAACGGUUACUGAACAUUUGAACACAAUCUACAGUGAUACCGAACCUCUGUACCACCGACUGCUCGCGACCUACGCCCCUGUUUGUGGCAGCGAUCAUGUGACGUACAGAAACAUCUGCUACCUGGAGAAAUCCAACUGCAACUCACAGGCCGAAGCAGACGUCAGACUUCGCCAUGGUGGUGUUUAUGUUUGAAUUGGUUUGAAAAUGUGCUCAACUGUCCGAAAGACGCCAUAUUUCGACAUGAUGGCAUUUGUGUUUAAGUGCGCUCUUUACCCCCAAUAAAGAAUUAGUUCUCGGCGUAAAAGGCAAAAAAAAAAAAAAAAUUUAAUAUUUGGACAUUACAUGUACUAAGUUACUACGCUAUCAAUAAAACUCCCUUUAAAUCUUUUUGUCUGUUAACUUGUCUCUAUAUUUUCAAUGCAUUUUAUUUGGCUAUGUCUAUUUCUUUCAUGAUUUACAGCAGGGAUUGAAAAGCACAUAAUUUUUCACAUUGUAAUCUUUUUUCUAUGUUGCACUUCAAGAUUUCAAUGUGGAAAUCUUCCUGUAUUGAAUUGGUCAACGUUACAAACAAGUCAAGUGUGUAAGAUUCAAUUAGCUUAAUUUUGCGUGGCAUACGCAUGGUCUGUGACUUUAACGAAUUAAAAAAUAAAAAUGGAAAUAUUAUAAUUUCCUUGGAUUAUUCAAUAUUACUUCCCUUUGCUUAUGACGACAUUGAUGAGCAUGAUAAUGAUAAAUCAAAAUAAAUAUAACGAAUGAAUGAAUUGAAUAAACCAGGGUUCAAAAUUUUAUUCUUGAAAAAAAAAUAAAAAAUAAUGAUAUAAAUAUUACUGUUCCAUUAGUUUUUCUUCCACAAAACCACCGGUAUUGACUUGUCCUACUUGAAAUUAAUUUUUUUUUUCGAAAUGAAGUAUUCACCAUGCAGCUGUGAGUAGUUUUCGCAGACAACUAGUCAAUCAUAUAACAUGGGAUGUCAGCAAGACGUCGAGCCAUAAGGAAUAUCUGAUUGCUGGCCUAGAGACAGACAGACAGUUGGACUUGUGGUAGAUGACCGAAAACCUCAGUCAAUUUCGACCACAUGGCCGAAAGUCUCAAACACUUUCGACCGAAACCAGAAUUAAACUGAAAUUUAACUUUUCUUUUUUCGGCCGAAACCAAAAUUAGGCCGAAAGUGAUCACAUUGUGAAUUUCCGCAUCGAAACCGAAGCCGAAAUUCGGUCGGUCUCUAGUCUUAAACAAAUGAAUUAAUUUUAAUAAGAUAUUAAUAUUAGCUACUCACUUAUAACUGCACGUUUCACUAUUCCCAUAUCAGAAACAAACCUUUUGUUUGUGAUUUGAUGUAAGGCUACUCUUCUUCUUCUUCUAUAUCUUAAGGGCCCACGAUCAAUUUAUUGAUCAUUUUGGCUCCUAUGCAUGUAGAUGGGAUUUGCAAUGUUUCUGUUACUGGUGGUGAUGAGCUUUAAUACGUGAUCCCCAAACUUCGCUUGAGGCAAUAGACACAAAUGUGUCUAGUGUUGUCGCCUCAACUGUUCCUUUUGAAAGAUGGUUCCAGUCCCUGAUUGUCUUGGGCAGGAAUGAGCAGCUCCUAUACUGGCUUUUUGCUGGUAUGACCCUGAAUUGCCUGAAAUGGCCUCGUCGCUGUCUAUGGAGUCGUUAAAUCGCUACAUUUCUAACUGAAGUAUGUGUCUUCAGAUAGGUUUUAUUACUUUCUUCUGUCCAUGUAACAACAACAACAAAAACCCAAAAAAGCAUUGAUUUAAUAUUUUUUUAAAUUGUAGUAUCAUAAGAAUUUAAAAUGCCAGAAACCAUUAUUAUUAAAUGUUAACAUUUAUUUUUAUAUGGAUUCAAAUCGCUCCUGUCUUCUUAAUCUAACGACACUAAGCACUGACUGAACCUCAUGACUGCGUUGAAGAUAUCCGUUUAAAACGUUAUCUUUCAAAAUCAGUCAUUAAUAGAUUUUUACACAUAUCUUUGACUUGACAUUGCGUCUUAUCUUUGUAAACUUUUUCCUUAUAAUCUAUCGCGCCUUUUAAUCAGGAGCAUGUCGAGUUGAAUUUGAAAAAAAAAAAUAACUAAUACAUGAAAGGCAGCCCAUUUAUAUUUAAAAUGUACAUAUUUUGAGAAUGCCACAUCAAGUACCGAUUGAGGCAUGUGUAAGUCAUGAGAACAGUUAACUAGCUAAAUUCACAAUAAUACACGAAUAACACACGGCCAUGCCAUUUUAAAUUAAUACUGGUAGUAUUUUGCCCUGUCCAUACAAUUUUUUUUUUUUUAAAAACCUGUUGCACGAACGACGCACUGAGAAAAUGGUCAAGAGGUGGCACACACGUGACCUACUUAUUAACCUGCAAGCCAGCCUUGUACUGUAAAAUGUCUAUGGUAUACAAGUAGUGGAUUUUUUUAAAGAAAGUGUAUGUAAGCUUUAUAUCCUGUUUUUCUUCACAUCUGACUUUUACACACCUGACAUUCAAUUUUCCGAAAUAAUCCGUUGUUUCUUGACACAAAAUUCCUUUAAUUUUUGUACGUAAGUACGCUCCACAUAUGUUAGCGGUGGACUAAGAAGCAGACCAAAAGAAAAAAAUUUAGACUUUAAACAAAAUAAUUUAUUUCAAAUUUAUAUUGACCAAAAUGUUUUACAAAUUAUAUUAUACUACACUCUUUAAUUUUUUGAAUUAGGGGCAUUGACAUGUCUUUGGUCAAAAGACUUUGGCACCUGAAACAAAUACAAGCGUCCGCUAGUCUCACAAGGUGGGCCUCGGGGUCAACGGAUCUCACUGUCACCAACAUCUAAAUGCAAAUGUAUAAAUUGAAUUUUAAUAUUUGUAGUUGAAUUUAAUCCGACAAACAUAUUGAAUGCAUGCUAAUGCGUGUGUUUUUUUAAAAAUCUUAGUGACUUAUCACUAACAAACAAAACUUCGACUAACUUACUUCAUAAAUACUAUGUGGAUAUUUAAAAUACUAUUGUAAGAAGUAGUUUUUGUUAUGUAAUUUUUUUUUUUAAUUAUACAUUUACUUUUACUGGAUUUUGGUGGUCAUUUUGAUCUAGUUCCACAAUUCAAACAAAUUCAAUAAGAUAAUGAAGUUCUGUGAUAGUUUGCCUUGUUAUCUAUAGAUACAUACUGUUCAUUAGCUCAAUGUUCCAAACACUGGAGUAAAAAAAACACCGUGAAGAGGAAAAUUAAGUUUUCCUACAUCAUUGGUUGGGCCGCUGGUUUAAUGUCUAAGAACCCUCGCUGCAUUACUUACACGUGAUGUAUUCAGCUCCAUUACUUACACGUGAUGUAUUCGGCUGCAUUACUUACACGUGAUGUAUUCAGCUCCAUUACUUACACGCGAUGUAUUCAGCUGCAUUACUUACACGCGAUGUAUUCAGCUGCAUUACUUACACGCGAUGUAUUCAGCUUCAUUACUUACACGUGAUGUAUUCAGCUUCAUUACUUACACGAGAUGUAUUCAUUUUUUUUAACGCACCUGAGCAUUUAUUUAAAGGUGUCUGGUCAACUUCGGUCUCCACUGACAUUGAAGUCCAUUCGUAUCAUGUUUCACAGGUUCAAUGCUAGAUGUGUGUUCCUUGUGAUCAUUCUAUUCCUUGGCAUUGGUCUUAAAGCUGAUACGUCAACAAUGCGCCAGUUAGUUAAUUUUAAUUAAUUUCAUUGACCUUUGACUCAAAGAUCCUGCCUCGUAUUUUUGACGAUAUUGUUUGGCGUUUUUUUUAUUCUCCAAAUUUAUUUUAUUGCCCCACCAUCUUUUAUUUUUUUGAAAAUGGGUCCCACACAAUUUGUACUGCAAUCGCUUUAGGUUUGUUGUUUGUUGAUACGCCCACAGCAAUGUUUUGACAUGAAAGGGCAAGUCGUUUAAUCUCCACCUGACCAUGUUAGCAUACUUUGCAUUACGACUGUUGGCACGAGGCAUCGUCCGUAUGUGUUUGUCAUUGUAUAAAGUUAGUUGCUCGUCAGACGCCCUACUUUUAUUUCAGUAGAAUUCAUCAACACACGAAUUGAGCUAUUGGAUCCUCUUCAUAAGGAUACGAUUCAUUUAGUUGACUAUCGGUGAUGUUUCCUGUAGUAACUGGUACAGUGAAUGAGACACUGAAAGUAUGUGGUACGAACGCAGUCCUCCCCACUGGAUCUACGUAUACUAUUAAAUGGGAAUGUAAUGUUAAAUUUUCAUGUCAUAGAAAUUACUAUCUUAAUCGAAGUUAUUUAUAAAUAUUUAUGUUUCAAGAAUAGUGUAUGUUGCACCAUUUUGUUGUUAUUACAUAUACUUUGUUGAUGUUCAUAUCGAGGCAAGGUUUAGUUUAAACACGAAAAGAUUGAAAGUUGAUUUCUUUUUUUUUAAAGUCCAUACCUGCUCUACCUUAAAUUUAGCAUGUGAUGUUAUCUUUAAUUGGAAUUAGUCUACAAGAAAUUGUUUGUUUUCUUCCAUCUCUUCAUUUCAUCACCGGCCAACAAUAAAUUUAAUCAAAGUCAUGUUGGGUCUUCCCCUCAGCGUCCAGCGCAGCGCUAUGCGACAGCGCCUGCUCAUUCGACCAUGACCCGGUGUGUGGCUCUGACGGGAGGACGUACAGGAACUCGUGUCUAUUGAACCUGUCCAAUUGCAUCCAGCCCUCUGUGGUCAUCUACCAAGUGCACUAUGGCGCAUGUUAGACUUUAAUGAAAAUUUGUCUUGCCGCAAACACAUGAUCGUUGUUCAUAUCCAGUCGUUAUCUACUACCCCCAGUCGUCAUCUGCUACCACCACCCCACCCCCUCACCAACGACCCACUGCAGUUUCCCACUGAAGAUACCAGAUAUCAUAAAAAUGUGCCCUUAGAUGAACGCUAUUUGCUACAUAUAUUAAUGUUUUAACGCAUAAUAAACAAAAUAUUUCCACUUGA